UUUUUCUCGUAUUAUCAAUUUGAAUGUUUUUGUGAUUCCGAUUCCGGUUUCACGCGGGAGCUGCGAUGACAAGAUGACCGCGGUGUCGGAUAAUGUGGAUUUACAUCUGAACAAUGAUUUCACCAAUGAUGUGGUUUCUAAACCGUUACCGACCAUACCGGUGGAUGGUUCUGGAAAACGGCAAUCGGAAGAACAAGACGAAUUCGAUGAAGGUGAGCAGAAAAAAUGUAAAACCAACGACACCGCCAAUAAUGUUGAGGAAAAUCAAAUGUCGAAAAGGCAAAUCAAGAAAAUCCAAAAACAACAAAUGUGGCUGGAGAAAAAAGCAUUGCGGAAGGAGGUAAAUAAAGAGAAGAAAGAAAAAAGAAAAAAAUGGAAAGCCCAAAUGAGAGAGGCUGGAGUAAAUAUACAAAAAGCGAAAACAACCAAAAUGGCAGAAAGUUCAUGUAAACAACGUGUUGUAUUGGAUUUGUCUUAUGAUGAUAUGAUGUCUGAUAAGGAUUUAAUAAAGUGUUCCAAUCAAAUACUAAGAUGUUACGGUUUAAAUCGUAGACUGAAAAAUCCUUUGCAAUUAUAUUUUUGCAGUUAUGAAGGUAAAAUAAAAGAAACUAUGGCUAAACAUAAUGGUUCUGAGUAUUGGGAUAUUAAUUAUAUUGUAAAAUCUUUUGAUAAAGUAUUUGAAAAAGAAGAAAUAGUUUAUUUGACAAGUGACAGUACAAAUGUUUUGGACAACAUAGAUGAAAGCAAAGUGUAUAUAAUUGGAGGAUUAGUUGAUCACAAUUCUUGUAAAGGAGCCAGUUUAAAAGUAGCUGAAAAUCUUGGCAUUGCUCAUGCAAAAUUACCCAUAGAUGAAUAUAUCAACAUGAAAACUAGAAAAAUCUUAACUAUUAAUCAUGUUUAUGAAAUAAUAUCAAAAGUGGUGUCUGGUGUUUCCUGGAAAGAUGCAUUUUUGGAUACUUUACCAAAAAGAAAAAUGUUCUUUGCCAAAGAUGAAGAAAAAAGUCUAGACUAUGAAGAUUCUUUAAAUGGUAUAGAAGAAGAAAAUGACAACUUUACUCAACAAAAUAAUUAAAUUUUGAUAUUUAAUUAAAAAUGUUCAGUUAAAAUUUAAAUAAAUAUUUUUAAAAAAGGUU